AUGUCUGCCAAAAAGACCGACGAUACACAUCCCCCGGUGGACUACGCCGCCUCCAGCAGCAACGAGUGUCAGGUAUUCGAGCACGAAUCCUUCCUGACACGCAACGGCAUGAACAUCCAGUCAUUCCAGAGACGGCACUAUGGCCAUGGCAUCGUCGAGCUCGACCGCAAGAUGAAAGCCCGACAUCUAACUAUGAUUGCUAUUGGCGGCUCGAUUGGCUCUGGCUUUUUUGUCGGCACCGGCUCGGCACUCAGUGAUGGGGGCCCCGGAAGUCUGUUUAUUGACUACCUGAUAAUGAGUGUUAUGGUCUUCAAUAUUGUUUACGCAUUGGGCGAAAUGGCUGUGAUGUUCCCAGUCUCAGGCGGAUUCUACAUGUACGCUAUUCGCUUUGUCGACCCAUCGUUCGGUUUUGCAACUGCGUGGACAUAUGUAAUAUCGUGGGCUACUACGUUACCACUCGAGCUGACGGUAUGCGCAAUCACGAUCCAAUACUGGGAUGCUGAGACAUCCACUGGGGUCUGGAUAGCCGUCUUCCUCGCCGUCAUCAUAGUGCUGAAUACCUUCGGGGUAUUGGGCUAUGCUGAGGAAGAAUUCUGGGCUUCCUGCUUCAAGCUGAGUUCUGUACUGGUGUUCAUGAUCAUCGCGGUCGUCCUGGUGUGUGGAGGAGGGCCUUCUGCUGGCCGCUAUCAUGGAUACUGGGGUGCUCGUCUCUGGGAAGAUCCUGGGGCAUUCAAGAACGGUUUCAAGGGGUUCUGCUCCGUAUUCGUCACAGCUGCCUUUACGUUUGCCGGCACCGAACUUGUCGGCCUUGCUGCUGCCGAAUCACGCAAUCCAACAGCUGCCAUACCGUCGGCCGUGAAGCAGAUUUUCUGGCGCCUCACAAUGUUCUAUAUCCUUGCUCUCUCGCUUAUUGGGUUGCUGAUUGACUGCAAUGACCCGGCGCUUUUAUCCUCUGGUACCUUCGCCAACUCCAAGGCAUCGCCAUUUGUCCUAGUCGGCAAGUACGCAGGACUGCGUGGCCUGGACCACUUCAUGAAUGUAGUGAUUCUAUCCUCAGUGCUUUCUAUAGGCAUUGCAUCCGUGUACGCCGGCUCGCGGACCCUGACCGCGCUUUGCCAGCAGGGUCAUGGUCCGAUGGUCUUUACUUACAUCGACCGGGCAGGCCGGCCACUUGCGUCCGUAGGCGCCAUAAUCGCCUGCGGAUGUCUUGCAUUUAUCAACCUCAGCGCCCAAGGCGAAGUCGUCUUCGACUGGUUUCUUUCUAUCGCCGGGCUCGCUGUGCUGUUUACCUGGGGCUCCAUUUGCCUGGCGCAUAUCCGGUUUCGAGCGGCCUGGAAGUACCACGGCCACACUCUUGAUGAAAUCCCAUUUAAAGCGGUGGGGGGUGUAUAUGGAUCGUGGGUUGGACUCAUUUUUGUUAUCCUGGUGUUAAUUGCACAGUUAUAUAUCGCUCUUGUGGCGCCACCUGGCGAAUCCGGCAUGGGCACAGCAGAAAGCUUCUUCAAGUCAUACCUCGCACUGCCUGUUAUCCUUUUCAUCUGGGUCAUUGGGUAUAUCUUAACGCGGAAAGGGUGGCUCAGUCUCGCGGAGAUUGAUGUCGAUACUGGGCGGCGACAGCAUGAUUGGGAAGCCAUCCAUGCGAGUCGUGCCCGAAUUGCCCAGCUGUCGUUCUGGGGUCGCCUCUGGCAUUUCCUGUUUUAA